ACUUAAAAUAAUUAUUAAAGGCUAUUCACUAAUAUUGGUGACGUCACUGGAAACGACAUCUUUUGGGGGAGGAAGUAGUUUUGUUCCGAAUCUAGGAUUUAUUUACUUUUCUUACUUUAAACUGAUUUUUUUAUUAGGUUCCAUUUUGUUUGCUUUAAUAUUAUAAGCAUGGAUUGGCUGUUUGGUCACAAGAAGACGCCAGAGCAGAUGCUGCGUCAGAAUCAACGUGCUUUAAACAGAGCCAUGCGAGAUUUGGACCGAGAAAGAAAUAAAAUGGAAGCUGAUGAGAAAAAGAUUAUAAAUAACAUAAAGAAAAUGGCGAAAGAAGGACAAAUGGAUGCUGUAAAAAUUAUGGCCAAAGAUUUGGUGCGUACGAGGCGAUAUGUCAAGAAGUUUAUUUUAAUGAAGGCCAACAUUCAAGCUGUCUCACUGAAAAUCCAAACACUACGCUCUAAUAAUGCCAUGGCCCAAGCAAUGAAAGGUGUUACACGAGCUAUGCAAACUAUGAACAAGCAGCUGAAGUUACCUCAGAUUCAAAAGAUCAUGAUGGAAUUUGAGAAACAGUCUGAGAUGAUGGAUAUGAAGGAAGAAAUGAUGAACGAUGCCAUUGAUGAUGCAAUGGGAGAAGAUGAUGAAGAAGAAACUGAUGCAAUUGUAGCACAAGUUCUUGAUGAAUUAGGUCUACAGAUGUCAGAGGAACUAUCUGGACUACCCAGUGCCAGUGGAACUCUGGCUCCUGGAACUAAACAACAAGCUCAGGCAGCAGCAGCAGGAGUCAACGAUGCAGAUGCUGACUUAGAAGCCCGUUUAGAGAACCUUCGACGACAGUAAAAUGCAAUGAUAUAUGAGUGUAUGAAUGCGUAUGUUUGCCUGUGACAAGAUUUGAGUUGGUUGAAGUUUCUUUUUGUUAUUUCACUGAAUGAAUGUGUGUAUGUGCAUAUACAUACAUGCAUACACACACACACACUAAAACCAACCUUUCACAUUUUCUAACUUAGAGUUUCUCAUUGCCAAUUUGUUACUAUAAGUUAGGGAAUAUGAAGUGUCAGCUUUAGUGAAUAUAUUAUACUCUACACAUGCACACAUGUGUAUAUGAAUAUGUGUUUACAUAUACAUAUUCACACAUGCACACAUACAUUUGUACAUAUUUAUUUACAAAUGUAUGUGUAUAAAUAUAUAUAUAUAUAUAUAUAUAUAUAUAUAUAUAUAUAUAUAUAUAUAUAUAUAUAUAUAUAUAUAUAUAUAUAUAUGGUGGUUGUCUACUCCUUACACAGAGUUUGACCACCUCUUGUACCUACACCUUUUAUAUAUAUAUAUAUAUAUAUAUAUAUAUAUGUGCAUAUGUGUGUACUUGUACAUAUCUAUAUAAGCAUGUACAUAUAUGUAUGCGUGUGAGUUAUUUAUCUAUCUACAUAUAUAUAUGUAUAUAUACACACACACAGUCACACUUAUAUGAAUAUAUGUAAUUAUACAUGUAUUUAUGCAUAUAUAUAUAUACAUAAAUUUAUGUAUGUUUAUGAGUGUAUUUAUCUAUAUUUAUCUACAUAUUUAUGUAUAUCUACACACACACAAACAUUCUAUGUUAAAGCGCUGAAUAGUGACCUUCACAUUCAGCAUUGAAUCAAUAUUUCUCCUCUCAGUUCUUUUCCACCGCCCACUUCUCUCUCUACAACUUCCUUCACCCAAUAAUACCCCAAUCAGCCAGUAGUUUCACAGUUCCUCUCUUGACAUCAGAAGUGUAUUCUGUCUAUUGCCAAGACUCUUGUCUCUGAAGUAUUCCUUUCCACCUAACUAUAAUUAGGUACUCUAAUGAAUAAAGUAGUGUUAAAUUGGGAUAUCUCUUUGGGUACAACUCAGAAAUGAAUGAACACCACAUAAGAUGAUUUGCUUUAAUAAAUCUUCUUUGUAGCCUCUCAAGUCUGAGAAUGAUAAUUCUGCAAGUUCUUGCUGAACAACCUGCACAGAUGAUUUGUUUGUAUUGCUAAAGUGUUUUUGCUGUCCAUUUGCUCAUUCCCUCCAUCAAAUCAACAUCACUUGUACAGGUGCACAGUGUGUUACAUGUCUAAUAUCAAAGUGAUCACAGAGCAAUGUGAAAUUAAAUACUUUGUUCAGGAACGCAAUGCACUAUCUAAUUUGGGAACCAAAACCAUUUUAAUAAAUAAGUUAUGCAUAAAGACAAAAGCUUUUAAUGGUGAACCCCCACCCCCUUAUCCCGUGAUUACUCCUGUGAAUUA